GUCAACAUGGCGUCCUAUCGCCAGGAUCGAGCUCCGCCGGGCGGUUAUGGGCCCAUAGAAUGGGCCAAGAAGGUCAAACCAAGAGGAGUCAGUGGUUAUGCCAUGUUUCUUGGUUUUGGUGCUUUCUCACUCGUUGGUGGGGCUGUCACUGCACUCAACAAGAAACGUAUCCGGAAACAGGAACUGGAACUAAUUGAGGCAAGAAUUUCUGUGGAACCACUCAUGCAAGCAGAGAAAGAUAGACUAUUCCUGAAGCAAUGUCGUAAAAAUCGUGAUGAUGAGAAUGAACUGAUGAAGGAUGUCCCUGGCUGGGAGACUGGUACUCUCUAUGGUAAACCGGUCUAUCACAACAAGUACAAUCGUUGGAUGGAACCCGACUUUUACGAAUACUACGCCCAUGUCAGUCCAAAGACUUUGUACAAGAGACAAUAUGAGAGGCUGAAGCAUUAACAAGAUGUGACGCUAGUGUUGAAAAGCUGAACUAAGUAGCCGAAGGAUUAAUUCUGUUGAUUGCAAGCUUCAACUAGAAACAUCACAAAACAGUAUCUGCACAGAAUUCACCCUCCAUCUCCUUUGAAGCAUCAUUGUGAAUAGACUUUUGGUAGUGUUAGUUGUCCUUGUACAUUAUAUUCUUAGAAAAGUGGAUAUAUGAAGAAUACUAUAAGAUUUGUAAUGCAGUACAAGACUGUCUGAAAUGUACCACCUCAGAUGAUAAUGUAGCGUAUAAAAAUCUUUCAAGAAUUUGUUAUAAAACCUUGAAACAGAAUUUUUCUCGACUCGAAUAGAUUGUUGUCCAUUCCUGUAUCAUCCUUUCUCACGUCACCAGAAUAAGAGUUUGGUCUGUUGUGUGGAGGUUAUGAAAAUGAUUCAUCAGUUAAGUUUUAAAUGAGUUAGAUCCGUGUAUAGUGAAUUGAGUUGAAAUUAUAAUCCUCUUAUUGUGUAAAAAAGUGUCGGUGUGUUUCUUCCUCAUCUUCUAAGAAUUAUGUAGUCAGAAAGGAAGCAAUUUUGAACAGGAAAGGCUGGACAUCACAUAAAUUGCUCUUCAGAAUAUUUUCCAGAGAAAAUGGAGCCUGGAGAAUCUUGCAGUUGUUCCAGGCAAACAU